UGAAUCCAAAUUUUAGUGUGGGGCUUGAGUUGGCACAGCUAAAACAGAUAACAGCACAGUGAUAUUUAAGGGUCAGAAGUCUGUUUAUAGCUGUUGUAGUUUUAUAGCACUUUUAAUUUUUUUAACGAUUAUUCUUGUCCCACUGAGUCUUUAUUUUAUUGUUUGAAAAUGAAAGAGGAGAUUGCAGCGACUGUGUUUUUCAUUGCGAGGUUGGCAAAGAAACAUGGCAAGCUCGAUCAUGUUAGUAGGGAGAAAUUUGCUGUGGAACUAACUGCAGUACUCUUUGAAAAUUAUAAAAGCCAUUGGUACCCAGAUAACCCGUCCAAAGGACAAGCUUUUCGGUGUUUAAGAAUGAACCGAUCUCAACUGAAGGAUCUGGUGAUCGAGCGUGCCUGCUCCCAGAGUGGUGUUAGAUAUGAUGAUCUUGGCUUACCGAAGGAAAUGACCAUUUGGGUUGAUCCUGGAGAAGUGUCAUGCCGGUAUGGUGAGAAGUCAACCCCAUUUUGUGUGACCCUUUUGGAGGGUCAGAAAAGGGAUGGGGAAUUCUCUCGUAGGAUAAAUAAUGCAGUUGAACGGGCUUCAUCGGACUAUCACUCUGGAACCUCCUCCGAUGAGGAAGGAAGCAACACGAGUAUGAGUAGCAGCAUCAGUAUCAGCACAAGCAUCAGCACCAAUAGCAGCAGUCUUUCAGUUCCAGAACCCAAAUGCAUCCCCACUGUUUCCAACCCCAACAGCGUCUAUCAGUUCAGUGAGUUUGGAGCACCCCAACCCUCACAAAACUGGGCACCGUACCCUAAAAGAAAGCCUUUUGCCAAUGAGGGCUACCAGCAGCAUUCUUCAGGUGGCCAGUACCCACCUCAUAAAAGUUUUAAGGGCUACAGACCCUCCUAUGGCUUCUCUGGUCCAAGGGUGGACCGAUAUCACUGGAUCAGCAAAAACCGCUCUUAGACACUUAUUUUAAAACCAUGUGCUGGGCAGCUGUGCAGGCAUUUGUAGG